AUGACUGUCGCCGGGUUAAUGGCUGGCAUCCCGUUCCACCUGCCACUGUGCCGCCGGCACCCACUGCUGCACUGCCCAUCGGGCUCUGCUCCGCAGCCACAGGCAAACCCAGGGUGUGGUGUGCUCUGGAGUUUCACGGAGAUGCCACCGGGGAGGGUGGGAUCGGGACGCACGGGGGCCAUGCUCCCACAGCUCAUGGUAUGCUUCUCCCCACGGCAGGGCUCCAGGGGGCCAGCCGGGUGUCGGGGUGCCUGCUCGCCCGGUGGCAUGGAGACAUGGUCCCGCUGCGGCGCUGCCUUCGACUGCGUGCCGCAGCCGGCAGCCUGCUGCCCUGACUGGAUGGCGGAGCUCCCCGACGCCCUGCCCCUCUCCCACCUCUCCAUCCCUGGCACCCACGACUCCCUCAGCCUGUUUGGUGGCCGGCGCCUGCGGUGCCAGAGCUGGGGCCUGGAGGCGCAGCUGGCGGCCGGCAUCCGCUUCUUAGAUGUGCGCUGCAAGCUGUGGCGGGGCGAGCUUCGCAUCUACCACCUGUGCACCUUCCAGCGGGCCAGCCUGCGGGGCGUCUUGCGCCGCACCCUGCGCUUCCUCCGCGCCCACCCCGGCGAGGCCGUGCUGAUGCGCAUCAAGGAGGAGCUGCCCGUCUUCUCCCGGCCCGGCUUCGCUGCCCAGCUGCACCGCUGCCUGCUGGAAGCGGGCCAGGGCUGCGUGUGGUGCCGGGAGGAGGUGCCCACGCUGGGCCAGGUGCGCGGGAAGAUCGUGGUGCUGGAGGCGCUGGCGCGGGAGGUGCUGGGCAUCCCCUACGAGCAACUGAGCAUCAGCGAUGCCUGGAACGUGCUCUCCCUGGAGCGCAAGUGGGCCCGGGUGCGGCGGCACCUGGAGAAAGCGGCCGGCGGAGACCCCAGCACCAUGUACCUCACCUUCUGCUCCGGCAAUGGGCUCUUCACGUGCCCCGAGCAGGUGGCCCGCUUUGUGAACCCCCGCUGCUGCCAGCACCUGCGGCGCCGGGCGGGGCAGCCCGUGCGCUGGGGAAUUGUCAUCACGGACUUCCCUGGCGCGGGCCUUCUCCACCUCAUUGUGGCGAGCAACGGCCCGCGGGCCAGUGGACACGGCACAGCAGCCCCCGGCACCGCCAGGGUCCCGUCGCGGCCCCCCCGCGGCACAGGGGACAGACGGCGCGGCCAGCACAGCUCUGCGCGCUGUCCCUCGGCAAGGACACUGCUCCCGGCCCCGCGCCUCUGCCGAGCGACCUCAGCACCUGGCGGGCAAAAGCGGCUUCCUAGGGCUUGCAGAGCACCGGGGAUCCUUCGUGUGACAGCGGUGUGACAGCUGCAGAGGCAGCAGAGGAGCCGGGCAGCCCGCGGAGCUGCACCCUGCCUUGAGAAGCCAGGUACGGUGCCGGUGCGGGGUUGCGCCGCCCGAGUCCCGCAGGGCAGCAGGGUGGGUGGGAGUAGAACGUCCUGCCUCACCUCCUGUCGGGCCGGUGAGGCCUCCCAAGGCAUCCCAAGGCCUCCCUCUCUGCAAAAUAGUCCUUCUACUUAAGGGUAAAUAAAAAUAAAAAUGAAGCUAGGAAAGCACCGCCUAUGUUGCCUUGCCAUUUCCU